AUGUCUACUCCCACACCCACACCAACACCCAUAACCUUCCCCAGCGCCACACACACCCUCUCCGCGCACCUCUACCACCACCCCCCAACCAACACCACUCCCACCACCCUCACCCCCGCCAUAAUCCUCUCCCACCCCAUGACCGGCGUGAAGGAACAAACCACCACCCUGUACGCCACCCACCUCCACGCCGCCGGCUUCACAACCCUCACCUUCGACGCCGCCUACCAAGGAUCCAGCACCGGCACCCCCCGCGGCCUCGAAGACCCCUUCCAGCGCGUCGAGGACAUCAAGGCCGCAGUGACGUAUCUCUCGACCUCUGUUCCGGGGGUAGAUAGCUCGCGGAUCGGCGUGGUGGGCAUCUGCGCGUCGGGCGGGUACGCCUGUUUCGCUGCGGCGAGUGAUCUGCGGAUUAGGGCGGUGGCGACGGUGUCGGCGGCUUGUGUGGGGGGGAUGUGUAGGUGUGGGGGGGUGGGGAGGGGGUUAAGGGAGGAUGGGGGGGUUAUUGGGAUGAGUUUGGAGGGGGCGAGGGGGGAGAGGAAUGGGGUUAAUUGGGAUGGGGAAGAGGCGCCGAAGAUGUUUGAUGCGGAGAGGGUAUUGCAGGACGGAGGGGAAGGGGGAAAUGUGGAUUCGUUCUUCAAAGCAGCGGCGGAGUAUUAUGGAACGGAGAGGGGGAGACAUGAACGGUCGACGCAGAGGGUUCCCCUGCAGAGUUAUGAUCGGAUGGUGGUGUAUGAUUCGUUUGCGUUCAUGCGGUUGAUUGCGCCGAGGCCGGUGUUGAUGAUUGCUGGGGAGGAAGCGGAGACGUUGCAUUAUAGUGAGGAGGCGGUGCGGUUGGCGAGGGAGCCCAAGGAGUUGUUUGUUGUGAAGGGGAUGGGACAUUUUGAUUUGUAUGAUCGGUUGGAGGUGUCGGGGCCCAAGUUGGUGCGGUUUUUUAGGGAGGCUUUGGCUUGA